GCCGAAGUCUCGCGAGCCCGGAGCGUGGCACGUGGGUUGGUAACUGUGGCGCUGCUCCCUCCACCUCCACCCCUGCCCUCCUCAGGCCCCCUCCGCCUCCACCCCUGCCCUCCUCAGGCCCCCUCCGCCUCCACCCCUGCCCUCCUCAGGCCCCCUCCGCCUCCACCCCUGCCCUCCUCAGGCCCCCUCCGUCCCCGCCUCGUCCUCCUCAGGCCCCCUCCGCCUCCACCCCUGCCCUCCUCUGGCCCCCUCCGCCCCCGGCUCCGUCCUCCUCUGGCUCCCUCCGCCCCCGGCCCCGGCCCCACGGCGGGAUGCGGGACAACACCAGCCCCAUCAGCGUGAUUCUGGUGAGCUCGGGGAGCAGGGGCAAUAAGCUGCUGUUCAGGUACCCCUUCCAGAGAAGCCAGGAGCACCCGGCGUCCCAGACAAGUAAGCCGCGUAGCAGAUACGCUGCCAGCAACACGGGCGACCAUGCUGAUGAGCAGGACGGCGAUUCCAGCGAGCCAUGUCCUCCAACCGAUGAGCAAUUGGUUGCAGGGUUUUCAGAUGUUAUUCUGGCAACAAUUUUGGCAACCAAGUCUGAAAUGUGUGGCCAAAAAUUUGAACUGAAGAUUGAUAAUGUGCGAUUUGUUGGGCACCCAACACUGCUACAGCAUGCUCUGGGGCAGGUCUCCAAAACAGAUCCUUCCCCGAAGAGGGAAGCACCUACUAUGAUUCUUUUUAAUGUGGUGUUUGCACUGAGGGCCAACGCAGACCCGUCAGUGAUAAACUGUCUGCAUAACCUGUCCCGUCGUAUCGCUACCGUGCUGCAGCACGAGGAGCGCCGCUGCCAGUACCUCACCCGGGAGGCCAAGCUGAUCCUGGCGCUCCAGGAUGAGGUGUCCGCCAUGGCUGAUGGAAACGAAGGUCCUCAGUCCCCAUUCCAUCACAUCCUGCCCAAGUGCAAGCUGGCCAGGGACCUCAAGGAAGCUUACGACAGCCUGUGCACGUCGGGCGUAGUUCGGCUUCACAUCAACAGCUGGCUGGAGGUGAGCUUCUGCCUGCCCCACAAGAUCCACUAUGCGGCCUCCAGUCUGAUCCCCCCAGAGGCCAUCGAACGGAGCCUGAAAGCCAUCCGCCCCUACCAUGCCCUGCUGCUGCUCAGUGAUGAGAAGUCCUUGCUGGGUGAGCUUCCUAUUGACUGCUCCCCUGCCCUAGUGCGGGUGAUCAAGACCACAUCUGCUGUGAAGAACCUGCAGCAGCUAGCCCAGGAUGCGGACCUGGCCUUGCUGCAGGUUUUCCAGCUUGCAGCUCAUCUGGUGUACUGGGGCAAGGCCAUCAUCAUCUACCCGCUGUGUGAGAACAACGUCUACAUGCUGUCUCCCAAUGCCAGCGUAUGUCUGUACUCCCCGCUGGCUGAGCAGUUCUCCCACCAGUUCCCAUCUCAUGACCUGCCGUCCGUUCUUGCCAAGUUCUCCUUGCCGGUCUCCUUGUCAGAAUUUAGGAAUCCCCUGGCCCCCGCUGUGCAGGAGACCCAGCUCAUCCAGAUGGUGGUGUGGAUGCUGCAGCGCCGGCUUCUCAUCCAGCUGCACACCUAUGUCUGCCUGAUGGCCUCACCCAGCGAGGAGGAGCCCCGUCCGCGAGACGACGACGUCCCCUUCACUGCCCGGGUCGGCGGUCGCAGCCUCAGCACGCCCAACGCCCUCAGCUUUGGCUCCCCAACCAGCAGCGAUGACAUGACCCUCACCAGCCCCAGCAUGGACAACUCCAGCGCAGAGCUACUUCCCAGCGGGGACUCGCCACUGAACCAGAGGAUGACGGAGAACCUGCUGGCCAGCCUGUCGGAGCAUGAACGCGCAGCCAUCCUCAGUGUACCCGCAGCCCAGAACCCUGAGGACCUCCGCAUGUUUGCCAGGCUCCUUCACUACUUCCGCGGCCGCCACCACCUGGAGGAGAUUAUGUACAACGAGAACACGCGGCGCUCCCAGCUGCUCAUGCUGUUUGACAAGUUCCGCAGCGUGCUGGUGGUGACCACCCACGAGGACCCCGUCAUUGCCGUCUUCCAGGCUCUGCUCCCCUGAGCCCAGGCGGAGGGCGGAAGGCUGCUGGGGUGCGCAGGUUUGGAAAGGCCCCUUGGAUUCCUGGCUGGGGACAAUGAUGACCUGGACCCUGGCCAGAAGAGCCCUGGCCCUCCAGCAAGGCAGCACCUGCUCUGAUGCACCUGUGCACCCCUGGCCCUCCCAGCCACCUGGGAGUCAGAAGCUUAGCCUGGAGGUGGCCAAGCCAGUCCCUACUCUUGGGCUGCGGCCACGUGAGGCUCUGCAUCAGCAGCCAGGGGCGAGCACUAGUGGACAAAGCCAGCAAAUGCGGCGUUCCUGUGAGCAGAUACCCUCAACCCGCCAGCUGUCAAAGUAUUUCAAGAUAAAAUCAAGGCCAAGCAAA